CAAGACUCACCAGACAAAUCCGAGUUUCUCCCAUUUAUUCCAUGCCGUAUACAGAGACACUAUCGAUGGAGGCCGAAAGUCCCGAUAGUGACAAUAGAGAGUCACUUGUUAGGCGUGCGUGUGACCAAUGCCGUCUUCGAAAGAUACGCUGUGACAAGCGUUCCCCAUGCUCUAACUGUCGCACCUCGAAAGUUAUAUGUCGUUCCACAGGGGCUGGACAGAAGCCUCGGGAGCCGCGGAAACGCGUCUUGAUUUCUAACGAAUAUGAAAAGAAAAUCGAUAUGAUAGAAGAACGGCUAAGCAGUAUAGAGGAGGUGCUCUGUGAACUAAAGACAACACUGGUAUCCAACAAGGGCGCCCAGGCCUGCCCCCAAGCGACUCCCGUUUCGAGGCAGAUAAGCCCGCCAGCUGCUGGCUAUGGUCCUAACGCUACUGCGGUAAUGGACCAGCAGGAAUCUAAACAUGCGUUCGAGGGCAGCUCGUUGCUGGCUACCCAGUCUGCGUAUGCAAGUAGCUUCCUGGAAACAGCUGUCUCACGUAACGCCCUGCAAAUGUCGGCCUCGAAAAUUAACGCGGCACUUUCGACAUUAAAGCAGAUUGUCAACAUGCAAGACAACCAAACCACUUUUUCUCGAGAAACAUCUUUUGCCAACCAGCAGGGCCAUUUACGGUCCUACCUACGGGAUUUGACUAUGCCGCCGGUAGAAGUCGUUCUGCCUCUAUUACGCAAAGCUAAGGAGACUUAUCCCAACGCGUUGCAAACCUUUUGCCCUUUUAUUACUAUGGACCGGCUCGUUGAAAAGUGUCGUGAGAUUUACUUUGCUGCGGAAGAUUAUUCUGACGCAACCUUUAUUGUAGCCAAUGGGGGCUUAUAUCAACUCUUUAUUGCUGUUAUUUUCAUUGCCAAGGACAAGAAAAUACAGGAGGAGUAUCAGACUUACGUCGACCAAUGCCGGGUCAACCUUGAGGUAGCAUUAACUAAUUUACACCUUCUAAUGCCUGCAAGUGCGGAAUCUAUUGAAGGCCUUGCAAUGGGGGCUAUACAUGCGAUCGAAAUCUCUAAACCCUCAUUUGCCUUUACCCUGACCUCGACUGCAUCACGUCUGUGUCAGACGCUGGGCUAUCAUCAAGAGUCAUCAAUGGAGCACGAUAGCAAGGAAGCAAAAGCGGCUAAACUUAGCCUCUUCUGGUCAAUCUAUUGUCUCGACAGAGCCCUUUCAAUGCGGCUAGGACGGGGCCCAACCAUACCAGACUACGAUAUUGAUAUUCCAUCGAAGUUUCCUAUCGCUGGUCUCUCGGAGCCCUGGAGCACCACAUACGCUAUUUGGAUCCAGCUCGCCAGGAUUCAGGGCAAGGUGUACCAAAGGCUUUACAGUCCUGCUGCACUACAUCAACCAGAGAGUCACCGAGUCGCCGAGGCUCACAAGCUGGCGGCCGACAUGCAGUAUAGGGUGAUGAAACCGUUCCAUCAAAUGAAUCCAAUAAUGGAAGGUCUAUCUACGCUUGAAAAUCUAUACAUGAAGUCCGACGAGGUGUCUCGUUAUUCAAUCCUGACCCUGAUCUACCGGGCUAUUCCACCACAGGAGGGUUCUCAAGGCACAUUCAUCGACGAAUGCGUUGAAACGGCGCGAGCGGCUCUACGAGCGCACGAGUCUUGCAUGCCUCUUUUAAAGGAGGCAAGCGAAUCAAUGAAAGUUUCUUAUUUGCAUUGGUCCAUUUUAUACGCUCCAUUUGUCCCCUUCAUCGUUCUCUUCUGCCACAUCAUCGAGGUCUCCUCCUGGGCAGAUCUAGACAGGCUAGACGAAUUUGUCACCUCUCUCGAACCAAACUGUUCGCUUUCUGCGGCAAUUAUGAACCUCCACCGGCUCUGCCAUGUUCUCAGCAACGUUGCUCGACUCUACGUCGAAGCUAAAGCCCAAGCCCAGACACAGGAGAACCAGGCGCUCGCAUCUGUUGGUCACGAGUUCGAUACUUAUCUUAGUGCUCUCGGCUUAGCUCCUGCAAUGCCCGAUGACAGUGAUACCCGAUGGCCUGCACCUGUGCACGGCAAUGGCCCCGUUUCGGGAGAGAUGAAGUACGGGCCAGAAUCGCAAAAUAUGCAUCCGCACAUGUCGCAUAUAACACAGCUCGGGAACUGGUUCUCUGGAAACCAGUACAUGAUGGGAUUGUUAGAGGAAGAUCUCUCCCUCUUCGAUCAUACAAAUAUGACACAACAAGCCUAAUUUACGACCGCAAUAUACCCACACUGCUCAUGAAAACAUCGAAUACAAUUUACAAUACCUAAUAUAUUUUCCUUAGCCUGCAACACCCUUAAGGGAAGAAGAAAAAAACACACCAAAUUAAAUACACUUUCCACCAUCUACAAUCAUCUCCGUUCCAUUGAUAAAGGCCCCUUCGUCACUCGCCAAAUAGACACACAUAUUCGCAACAUCAUCUGGAUCUGUCAACCUACCCAACGGCACAUUCCCGAUAAACUUCUCCCUAUUCUCCGGGGUAUCCUCCAUCCCAGUAAACAUACUGAACAGCCCUGUCCCAG